GGGGGAAAAGGAAAUAGCUCUAGGAGGAGCAUCCUGCCUGCGGUAGCCGCGGCGGAGGAGGCUGAGAGGAGGGGAUCGUAGAGGAGGUUGGAGGAGGCGGAGAAGGCUGUGACAGAGAAGAAAGUGUCAGAGCCGGUUCGGUUUUAGAGUGUGGUGAAGGGUACUUUUCAUGGUGCAUGGAAGGAAAACCAAUGCGCAGGUGUACCAACCUUCGACCAGGAGAGACUGGAAUGGAUGUAACAAGUCGCUGCACUCUUGGAGACCCCAACAAACUGCCAGAAGGGGUUCCCCAACCUGCCCGCAUGCCCUAUAUCUCAGACAAGCACCCGCGACAGACCUUGGAAGUGAUCAACCUUCUGAGAAAGCACCGGGAGCUAUGCGAUGUGGUACUGGUAGUGGGUGCUAAGAAGAUCUACGCCCAUCGAGUCAUUUUGUCAGCCUGUAGUCCUUACUUCCGAGCUAUGUUUACAGGAGAAUUGGCAGAAAGCCGUCAGACAGAAGUAGUAAUCCGAGACAUAGAUGAGAGGGCUAUGGAACUACUGAUUGACUUUGCCUAUACCUCCCAGAUCACUGUAGAAGAGGGCAAUGUUCAGACCCUUCUGCCAGCUGCUUGCCUCCUCCAGCUGGCAGAAAUACAGGAAGCCUGCUGUGAAUUCUUGAAGAGACAAUUAGAUCCUUCUAACUGCCUGGGCAUCCGGGCUUUUGCUGAUACACAUUCAUGUCGUGAGUUGCUAAGGAUAGCAGACAAGUUCACUCAACAUAACUUUCAAGAGGUGAUGGAGAGUGAAGAAUUUAUGUUGCUUCCAGCCAAUCAACUCAUUGAUAUAAUAUCUAGUGAUGAGCUAAACGUCCGCAGUGAAGAACAAGUGUUCAAUGCAGUGAUGGCCUGGGUCAAAUACAGUAUUCAAGAAAGACGUCCUCAGUUACCCCAGGUGCUGCAGCAUGUUCGUUUGCCUUUGCUUAGUCCCAAGUUCCUGGUGGGCACAGUAGGCUCUGAUCCCCUCAUCAAAAGUGAUGAAGAGUGCAGAGACUUGGUAGAUGAGGCUAAAAACUACCUCCUGUUGCCUCAAGAACGACCACUAAUGCAAGGACCAAGAACAAGACCAAGGAAACCUAUCCGAUGUGGAGAAGUACUCUUUGCAGUUGGUGGUUGGUGCAGUGGAGAUGCCAUUUCUAGUGUUGAACGGUAUGAUCCACAGACGAAUGAAUGGCGAAUGGUAGCUUCAAUGAGCAAAAGACGAUGUGGAGUUGGAGUCAGUGUUCUUGAUGACCUGUUAUAUGCAGUAGGAGGCCAUGAUGGAUCCUCUUAUCUCAAUAGUGUUGAAAGGUAUGACCCUAAAACAAACCAAUGGAGCAGCGACGUGGCCCCUACAAGUACCUGUAGGACAAGUGUUGGUGUGGCAGUGCUUGGAGGCUUUCUCUAUGCUGUGGGUGGCCAAGAUGGUGUGUCUUGCCUCAACAUUGUUGAGAGGUAUGAUCCAAAGGAGAACAAGUGGACUCGGGUGGCUUCUAUGAGUACCAGAAGACUAGGGGUGGCUGUGGCCGUGUUAGGAGGGUUCUUAUAUGCUGUAGGUGGCUCUGACGGGACAUCACCACUUAAUACAGUGGAACGCUACAAUCCUCAGGAAAACAGAUGGCAUACCAUAGCCCCCAUGGGAACCCGGAGGAAACACCUGGGCUGUGCAGUGUAUCAGGACAUGAUCUAUGCCGUAGGAGGUAGAGAUGACACUACAGAGCUUAGCAGUGCUGAGAGAUACAACCCUAGAACUAACCAGUGGUCUCCAGUGGUGGCCAUGACAUCUCGCCGUAGUGGAGUUGGUUUGGCAGUGGUCAAUGGACAGCUCAUGGCAGUAGGAGGUUUUGAUGGCACUACAUACUUGAAGACCAUUGAAGUUUUUGAUCCUGAUGCCAAUACAUGGAGGUUAUAUGGCGGGAUGAAUUAUCGUCGACUAGGGGGUGGUGUAGGAGUUAUUAAAAUGACACAUUGUGAAUCCCACAUAUGGUGAACAUGUAGAAGAUAGUCUUGUAUAUUCUGCUCUGUAUUCUGGAGAGCUUUGACUUUGAAGCUUUGUACAACUUGAGAAAACAUUAGAACAAAGUUUAUUCAUUGCUGGUGCCUCAACAUAUGGAAAUGCAAAUCCAGUGAAAGUACUUCACCUGCAAGAUGCCACCUUUGCACGAUAAUUUUCAGCUCUCUGCAGGAGAAUAUUUAUUUUUGAUUUUAACUUAUUGUUUGGGGUUUUUUUUUGUGUGUGUGUUUUUUAACUUCCUCCCAUGAGAAAAAUAAAAAAAAUCUAAGCAGCAAAACUUACUUAUAAUGAUAAGGGCAGAAGGGCUGUAUAUGAUCUGGUUGUUAUUUCUAGACACUCCAUCCACCUGAUUUCACUACUUUCAAGCAUUACCAACAAAAUAGAUAUGGGAAAUGUAUUAGCUAACCACCAUUCUUGCACUAAAUACAAGAAAACUUGAAAAUCUAGAAAAACAAACAAAAAGAUGCCAUCUCAGUUUAAGUAGUAGUACAAUUCAGAAGAAAUAAUUCAAUCAUUAAAAACCAGGACUCAGAUACUAUAAUUUUUAUGAAUAGAGUUCAUGUCAUUUCUUUCUAUGUGAACUUGUUUUCCACUAUAAAGUUUUUUUUUUUUCAUAAUAUAGAGUUUCUGCUAGAUCUAGAGCUCUGCUGAGUGCCUCUUAUAAAAAACAGUAUCAGUCUCAUGGUAUCUUAAGAAUCCCCAAGAGAAUCAUGUGCAACUCUGAGUUUUUGCUCAAAAAUGUUACUAACUGAAGCAAAUUUCCUUCCUCUUUCCUAAUUGCUACCAAUAACCAGCAGGGAGAAAUGUUCUCUCCCCAGCAGGGUAUUCUGUUAUGCAG